AUGAAUCAAACUGCGGCUGAAAAUUUUAUUAACUCCCUUGUGAGAAAUCUUCAAGUGUUGUGUCACAGUAAUGUAGAGUUUAGAAAUGAUAUUGAGGUUGUGGGACAUCUUUAUCUGAAAGUUGAUAAAACGAAGAAAAUAAAUUAUAUUGUGGAUGAAAAAGUGUGUAAAAAUGAUGCAUCAUCUACAAUUUUUGUGAGUAACAGUUAUCAUUCAGAGAAUCAAUCGAAGAAAAACCCAGAAAAUGAAAAUUGUGAAAAUGAAAAAGAAACAGAUUCCCAAUCUUCAAAUUCCAACAACUCAAAUGCUAAAUUUAGCAACAAAUCGGAUAAUAAUAAACGUUUGUCACAAAAUUUUAAUGAAGAAGAACCUGUAAAAAGAUCUAAGAAAUCUGCAAUUCAUCAUGAAAACUUUUCCAACCGUCGCAGAUCAACCCCACAAACAUCUGAAACAAGCAGUACCAUUAAAUGUGAACCAGUAGUGGAUUUAAGCAGGGUUAAACGUGAACCCUCCACAGAUGAAGAUGAAAAUUUACCAUGUUUCUUUCCUUCUCAAAUUAGUCAACAUUCCUUAUCAUCAUCACCUACCAAAGACAGUAAUUUCCAUGAUACUGGUCAAAAUAUAGACAACCAGAGCAUGCAUCUAUUUCAAUCCAGUCAAUCAGCAAUGUUACCUCAUCUACCUUCUCCAGCUAUCUCAACAUCAUCAGUUUAUCAUUCUACAUCAAAUAAUAAUGACCAUAUGGCAACAGGUUUGAAGUCUAAUCGAAUCGUAGAUUUAUUAACAGCAAGUAGUGAAGUUCCCCGACCAACAAUCCAAGAGUUAUCUCAACGUUUCCAAAUUGAUGAGGCACAAGUUCAAGGGUAUUUAAAUGAAAAAAGUCAAAUUCUCGAUUGUUUAACCAAUGUGCAAAGAUUGACUGCUUUUCAAACUAAAAGAUUAUCAUUAGAAGAGAAAGUUCAGUUGAUUCAAAUGGCAGAUUUUGAUUCUUCUUCAAACUAUAGACUUUCUCAAUCAGCUUUAGCCAAACAAUUUGGAAUUAGUCAACCAACAACCUGUCGUAUUUUGUCACAACGUGAUAAGAUAUUAGAAGAAUAUCAUCAAAAAACUAAGAUGUAGACUAUAUUUUAUCGUGUUCCAAUGACUU